AUGCCUAUCUCGCCGGCAUGGCUUCUCAUUCCCCGCGGCGAGCACUCCUCGUCGCCGGAGGAUGACAAGUCCUCAACAGCAGGCACAACAGGGAAUCUCGUUCCCCAGGAUUCAUUCGCAGAUGACCUAUUUCGCGAUAAGUUCAUGGGUAUCGCCAAAGGAGGUUCAAAUGGGGAGAAGAUUAUGCGCGGCUUUUUAAUAGGCCUGGCUAUUGGCCUGGUUGUUGCAUGCUUCUUUUGCUGUUGGUACCCAUGUUGUCGACCAAGAUUCCAAAAUCAGCGCCGAAGGCGACGGGCGCGUAGAGGACCUCCCACAGCAGACGAAGAGCAAACCACAGCAAACCCUCCACCUCCCGCAUAG